AGACAGGUGCCGGAAAGACUCACACCAUGUUGGGUUCAUCCCCCAGGAAACCAGGGUUGUAUGCACUUGCAGUCCGGGACAUUUUUGCUCACCUGUCCACCACACGCAUGCACUCACCCCUGCUGGUGUAUGUCAGUUUCUUUGAAAUUUACUGUGGUCAGCUGUAUGACCUGUUGGACCACAGAAAAAGGUUAUUUGCCAGGGAGGAUGGACAGAAGGUGGUUCACAUUGCAGGGCUGCGUGAUGUCAGGGUGGACUCAGUCAGCUCACUGCUGGAGGUGAUUUCACAUGGUACAGAGGAGCGCACACAGGGGAUGAGUGGAGUGAAUCCUCUCUCUUCUCGUUCUCAUGCCUUGCUUCAGAUUCAGCUUAGAGGUCCAAACCAGCAGAUAGCUGGCAGAAUGUGGUUUGUGGACCUGGCAGGAAGUGAGAGGGCAUCAGAUACCAAAGAACCAGACAGGCAAAGUCGUAUGGAGGGAGCUGAGAUCAACCAGAGUCUGUUGGCUCUUAAAGAAUGUAUUCGGUCCCUUGAUCAAGAGCAAUCACACACACCUUUCAGACAAAGCAAACUUACUCAGGUUUUGAAAGACUCAUUUGUUGGUGAUUCAAUGACAUGCAUGAUUGCCAACAUUUCACCUGGUCACUUAGCAACCGAACACACACUUAAUACACUGAGAUACGCUGAUCGGGUGAAGGAGUUGAGGGGACAAGGAAGACCAAGAGGGGGGAGAAUAGGCAAGGCAUUACCGUCCCCCAAACAUAACCUAUUCAACAGCUACAGCAGCACCUAUAGCAGUGUUGGCACCCGAGGGAAAAGUCCCCCUAAAAAGCACAAGUUAGGGAGACGAAGAGAGGCUUUUGGUCCAACUACACCUGACACAAGGUUGCCCACUGGGGAUGCAAUUCUCUGCUCCACACCCAAGAACAGCAGACGGGGAGCGGAAACAAGUCCAAGGGGCAGAAAAGGGAUUGGACUUGAACAUAUUACACCAGUUGGAGGCUGGCUGGGAAUGGGUGAUAAGAGGCACGGGAGGGAGGAGGAAGGUGAAAGAAAAGGUAGGAAAAGAGAAAAUGAAAGGUAUGGAACAACUAACAGUCAGUCUCUUAGUGACCAAAACACCAGGAAAGGGCUGGUGUUGGGACAUCCAAAAGAUGAGCAGCUGCACUUGUGGGAGGUACAAAAAUCCUUAAGUCAAAGGGAAUCUGGAAUCUGCCACAGAGUAAAAGAGAACCAGCAAAGCACUGUGAAAGGGGGCAGAGAGGAGGAAAGAAGAUGGAUACAAAAGCGAAGACAAGUAGAAAGCAGUAGAGACAUGUGUAGUGACGUAGAUAGGCUAAGGGAAAGAGAUUCUGCUGAAAGGGAUAAGGAGAGGCAGAGGCAUCUGAGACGGUAUCACAAGCAGCUGCAGCAGUUUAUGCCCUCAUCUGUUUCCUCAUCUGUCAGUCUCUUCUCAUCUUCUACAUGUCCGUCUAUCUCUUCAUCUAAUCAGGCCUCUCUCUCUUCCUCUGUCUCUCCAUCUUCCUGUUCUUCUCUCCGACACUCUUCCCAUCUCCCAGCUUCUGCCCGCACGUAUCAUGGUUUGGAAGAGGUUUUAGAUGCGUACAGAGCUGGGGUUGAUGUUAGGGCUGAUUGUAAUAGAGGACAGUUGCCUUUUCCCAGUGGUGAGAUUAGCUUAAAACCGGAAAAUUCUCCAUGCUGCAAUUACAACAAUGAUGAGGAUGCUCAUGGUGACGCUGGUGGGGUUGGUGAAGACUGGAGGGUAUCUUGGGAGGGAACAGAGGCAAGGUUUGGACAAGACAAGGAGAGGAGGUCAGUGGAGGCAACAGGUGAAGCAAGAGUAAGGGGAGAAGAUAGGAGGCCAGCUGGGAUGGAAGGGGGAGAGAGGAGGGUGGCAACAACAGACACAGACGAAGCAGAUAGAAUGACAUGUGCAAUGCCAAGUAAUUUAGUGGCACAAGUGUCUUACGGCUGUCAUUCAGAAGACAGACCACAAGUGUGUGACGAAGGACUGGAUCCCUCGGAUGACCCAGCUGAUGGAGUGUGGAGUAAUGUCAGCUAUAGUUUAGUGUCCACCCACAGCAACAGUGACAGCAACCGCCUCUUUAACCACCCUCCUUUUGAGUCACCGCAUCAGCGAGCUCCAGCAGAACGACCCCUCUCCCCAGCCUCUGAACAUAUCAACACACUCCUGACCCCAAACAAACUAAGUGAUCUCUCUCUUGAAUCAAAACAUACCAGAUGCCUCUCCAACACCCCACCUCUACCACUGCAAAAUACCCAAUUUUCAAAUGCUCUGUCGACCACACUACCUCUCUCUACUUCGAUCACACAUAUUGGAUAUAAAAUAUGUGCUGAUCCCCUUAACAAACUAUCUGAAAAUCCAUCUUAUACUCAGGUAAACAACCAUCCAGAAGUCAAAGCCAAAAUGUCUGUUUUACCUCAAGAUGAGACUUAUGCAGAUUCUCUUAGCUACAUAAUGGACCCCCUCAGCAUCUCAUUGCUUCAGGUGGACCAACAGGUCGCCACAGCCUCGUUCCUCCAAGAGGGACAGAACACCCCCUCACUCUGUCUGCUUCACAAUGAAAGGGGAAAAGAUGACAGGAGGCAAGUUGAAAAAGAGUGUCACACAUGUGCAGAGAUGGCAGGGAAAGUUGUAGAGGACGAGGGCAUAGAAUUUCGUCUGUCCCUUUUGGAGCUGCCACAAGCAAAGACCCACUGCCCUCUCACCUCUGACACCAAGACAGCUAUGAAUCACACUGAGCGAGGAAAAGACACAUGUUGUGCCACAUAUGAACAAUGUGGAAUGGGUAAGUGUGAGUUCUCUGAGUGUGUGUACAAACUAGUGCUUAAAAAUAUGUAUGUGAACACAUUUUUAUCUUGUCCAGGUACGACGAAACUUCCUUUGCCUGAAGUGAUGCUGGUUUCUCUACAGGACCAAGAGAACAGUCAGAAACCCCAAACCAUGCCAGUCCUUGGCAACGAAGCCCCUGCAUCGCCACUUAAAGCCUGUACUUCUAUGCAAACGUCUGUUGUGCAUUCCAUCUCACCCUCUGCCCGGUACUCCAGGAACACUGACUCACCCAGCUCACACAAUCUAAUCCCAAAUGGUGCCACACAAAUGCCAACAGAAUACGCACACAACAUGUACAACAAACCUGCCUUUUCCAUUUCAACACCGUCAGAAAGUGUCUUAGGCCAGUGUGACACGGUACAUUCAAACCAUUCCAGCGAUUCAAGCAACUCACUCCCACCAAACAUUCCUGCAAAGUCAAACGGUCAAGAAAGCCCCAGCAAUCAGCAAAUUAGACCCAUAAUCCAUCUGUCUACCCUGGAAGACUUGGAUCAUGCCCAGUGGCGUGUUGUCCAGGCCCACUGGGAACAGCUAGAGGAGAUGGAAGCUUUAUGUCAUAAAGAAGGAACACUUCUUUGCCAGCAACCUGAUAUGGCAUUUGGGGAGUAUGUCCACAAGCUGGAAGAGAUCAUGGAGAGAAAGGCUUGGUGUGUCCACAGCAUGAGAGCUCAGCUGCAGCCAUAUCUGAAUCCCAGUCAUUCUAACCAACCACACAACCAAGGAGAAGACAAUAACAAUCCAAUUACUUGAAUUAAUAAAGUUAAUAAGCAGAAAUAUUGCCAUUGGACAAAUAUCACUUGAUGUGUCUAACAAGAGAUGUGCUACAUGAGGGUUCCCACAGGGG